CACGCACCAAAAUAGACGAUUUCUAAUGGAGGAUUGGAAGACUUCAUACGACCCAUAGGAUUUCUUGUCUUCAUCCUUUGAUCACAGACAAUUGUUGUUCAUGUGGAUUAUCUAGAUGACAUUGGACCUGAAACAAAGCAAGCUGUAGAAGGUCAACUUUGAAGUACUUUUAAAAGCAGUUCACACCAAUGGACAUAUAGAGGCUUCCUCGAUUAUCCUAACCUUCUUGCAGUAUGAGUAACCCUCCAGCUGCUGCCCCUCCCAACUUCUACAUGGUAGAAGUUGGUGACUCGACUUUCACAAUUUUAGAUAGAUACCAGAAUCUCAAGCCAAUAGGAUCUGGAGCUCAAGGAAUUGUGUGUGCUGCCUAUGACACUGUUGCGGGAGCAAAUGUUGCAAUAAAGAAACUCAGUCGUCCAUUUCAAAAUGUUACACAUGCCAAAAGGGCAUACAGAGAAUUUGUACUGAUGAAGUUGGUAAAUCACAAGAAUAUAAUAGGCCUGUUAAAUGCAUUUACUCCACAAAAGACACUAGAAGACUUUCAGGAUGUGUAUCUUGUGAUGGAACUUAUGGAUGCCAAUUUAUGCCAGGUGAUCAACAUGGAUCUUGACCAUGAAAGAAUGUCAUAUCUGUUGUACCAGAUGUUAUGUGGUAUCAAACACUUACAUUUUGCUGGUAUUAUCCAUCGGGAUUUGAAGCCAAGCAAUAUAGUAGUGAAGUCAGAUUGUACACUGAAGAUUUUAGACUUUGGCCUGGCACGUACACAGGGAACAGCAUUCAUGAUGACACCAUAUGUUGUGACACGGUACUACAGAGCCCCAGAGGUCAUUCUGGGCAUGGGCUACAAGGAGAAUGUGGAUAUAUGGAGUGUGGGUUGUAUCAUGGCAGAGUUGAUCCGAGGAGCUGUGAUGUUUCCAGGCAGUGAUCAUAUUGAUCAAUGGAACAAAAUCAUAGAGCAGUUAGGAACGCCGUCACGGGAAUUUAUGCAAAGACUGCAACCAACAGUUAGAAGUUAUGUUGAAAACCGGCCGCGCCAUGCUGGCUAUAACUUUGAUAGACUAUUCCCAGAUGUGAUAUUUCCUCAGGACAGUGCUGACCAUAGCGGACUAAGGGCCAGCAUGGCUCGUGAUCUCCUAUCUAGAAUGUUAGUGGUAGACCCAGAAAAAAGGAUUUCUGUUAACGAAGCAUUAAUGCACCCAUAUAUAAAUGUGUGGUAUGAUGAGAAUGAAGUCAAUGGGCCAGCUCCAGACUCAUAUGAUCACACAGUAGAUGAACAGGAGCACACAGUGGAGCAGUGGAAAGAGUUGAUAUAUGAUGAAGUUAUGUCAUUUGAAUACAAGGAAAAGAAGAAGUUACAAACAGCCUCCAAUCCUAUGCAAAACCACGCUGUUGGAGCUGCAAACAACGAGAGCUUGACGAAUGACAGUGUGGCGGGCACGAAUUCCAACAGAUGUCGAUAACUGCUGUAUAUAUAGAGCUUGUACCAUACUAGGCUGCAUAAUUUAUUCCUUCCUCUUCACCCAUGUCUGUCAUUUGGAGAACAUCUCUCAGAUUUACACAAUCAUGUCUAAAUGUUCUUUAUCGACUGUAAGUGUAUCUAAUGACUCAUUGGCUUGCAAAGUCUCUAAAUGGUAUAAAUAAACAUGCUUGUUUGUUGACACAGUUAUACACUUUGUGUUAACAAUUGAUAUCAUAUACAGAUUCAUGUAAUUUUGUCUUAUGAACAGUUACUAUACAAAUGGGGAUUUAGUUUUUAUGAACAGUUGGUCACAACACAAAUUCAGUUGAAAGAACAGUUGUCAGUUGCAUACGGGUGAUCUAGUUCCAAUUAACUAUAAUGUAUCUUGCCUUCAAAUAAAUUUCACCAAUUUGUUCUGAAUCAGGAACUUUGGAGCUUCUGUAUUAUGUUGGUUAUUACGGAGCAUUAUCAUUGAUAGCAUUACUCUACUGUCUACUGACAGGAAUGUAUGCUUCCCAUGUAUCAGGUAAAGUUAAUAUGGGGUAAUUGAUUAUCACCAUUUUGUGUUCAGUUUAUUUUGGUCUUGAAGGAAUAUAAAACAAUUCUGUGUUGUUUAUGUCACUUUGUUACAGUAUAACUUAGUUUCUACCACAAUACCCUGUGCUAUUCAACUCUCAGACCAUCAGUUAAU